CGAUUUUUUUGGUCUGGCCUGGGAGGGACUCGACGCUACCAUUGGGGAUCUUGGAAGACUCUGGCACGACCAACGAGGGAAGGUGGGGUCGGCUUCCUUGAUUUUAUGACUUUGGCUAAGUCUUGUUCGGCUAAGCUCUGGUGGAACUUUAGGACACAGGACACUAUUUGGACGGCAUUCAUGAGGGCUAAGUACUGUAGUCGCGUCCAUCCUGUGUCCAAGCAGCGUAUUAAUGAUGAUUCGCACACAUGGAAACGCAUGCUAGAUGUUCGAGCCGUGGUUGAGCCUGUGAUUCGAUGGCGUGUACUCUCUGGCACGUCUAACUUCUGGUGGGAUACAUGGUCCGGACUGGGUGCCUUGCAUCGCCAGGUCGAUGGCUGCAGUGGGUACUGGAAUGAUGGAGUGGGUGAUAUGUAUCGCUCUGAUUUUAUGAUUGACCAUGAUGCUCUACCCCCUGAUUUAUUACGGCAGUUGCGCCUUGAGCUGCCAUCUCUUGUUUCUGAUCAUGUGGAUAUUCCGGUCUGGACCCCGUCUACGGAUGGGAAGUUUACUCUUGCUUCUGCUAAGGAGCUUCUUAGACCGAGGAGGAAUGAUGAGGUGGAGGACAUUGUGCUUAAGAGGUGUUGGCAGAAACACUUACCUUAUAAGAUGUCCUUUCUUGCAUGGCGCGUUUUGGAGAGGCGCCUUCCCACUGAUGAUGUCCUGGCGAGAUUUGGCUUUGCUUUGCCUUCUCGACUGGACUUAUGUCGAUUGCAUUUCUUGGCUUAGAACAUUUUUUCUUGAUCGGAUUAUCUGACCUUAGGCCUUACCCUUGCGGGGGUUGAGGUUCCGGGAAUGAUUUUAUUCCUAGAUCUAAGUGAAAUGUUUUGAGCCGGCUUUGUAAUUGCACUUAAGUCUAUGUUCCAAUAUCCGAUAAGCGCUUCACAUUAUAGUUCUUUGGUUGUUGCUUACUUUUUAUACAAGUGAGGAGCCUGUUCCCGCUUGUUCAGACGUUUGUAUUCUUUGAUUAUUUAAUAAAAUGCAUUUAAAAAAAAUACAUAAAAUAUUGUGAUCAUA